AUGAUGGGUCACCUGCUGAUGCGAGGAUGGAUCCUCGCCUCGUUAUUGCUGCAAACCAGCGUCGCCAUGACAGUGGCCGUUGAUCCAGCAGCUCUCAAGGUCCUUGCCAAGCCGCAGGCCUUGCACACCGAGUUAUUCAUCUUCUGUUCCUUCUUCGAAGGCAGCAACACCCACCCCAUCUAUUAUCGAGGUGCCCUCGUCGAGUCCUGUCCCCUCACCCUCUACUCCGUCAGUGAGGGAGUCGCCAACACCCAGCUCAAGGCCGGUACCAAGUCGCUCGGCGGCUUCCCACCCGCAUUGGAGCUAUGUAUCCCGGCCUUUGCCUCAGCGAAGCCAGUGCUCGGCGUCUUCCAGAGCUAUCCCGAGCUCUUCACUCCCUGUUUCCCUAAACUCCGAGAGCACAUUCAGCGCAGUCCCUGCGCCAACUACUGUUCGGACCGGACUUCCCCAGAUGAGUCUUUCCACGUCCUUGUCGGCUGCAACAGUCACCGACUCUUCCAUGCUGCAGUGGACCACAUCGGCAGUUCUCUCUACACGUACGGCCACAAUUACUGCAUGCCCAUCCACACUCCUGGACUGUCCUGCUCCCUCCAGAACCACCUCUGUGACCACGGAGACCAUUGUGGUGUCUACCACAAUAUGUCCAGUAACCGAGGCCGCUGGGAUGACUCGGACAGAUUCUGUCUCGCCCACAGUAACGGACAGUGCUGCCAACAAGGGUCAUGGUAG